UCACCUUCACGCGGUUGGCCCAGAAGCCCAUAUCUAACGCAAUCACAGAACUACACCAACCACGGACGGCGGUCCCGAAAAGAGGUCCAUCAUGUGUGGCCACUAAAUGAACGGUCCUGCCGUUAUUUAUUGGCUCCGUUCGCGUGAAUGAGAAUUUUCAGAAUCCCUGAGUUGAACGACAAAGCCGAUGAUGGGUUUAUCGCUCCGGUGAAAGCGGGCGCCAAAGAGAUUUAAUGCGCCUCUGAAUGCUUUAAGCCCGUCACUGGCGGCGGGUGCAAAACGGGAUAUCUCGGCGUCUCCUCCUCGGUUACCCCGGACGCUUUACCCCAGCCAUGGCUCUGGUGACUCUGCAGCGCUCCCCUACACCCAGCGCCGCAUCCUCAGCCAGCACCAACGCAGGGGAGGAUAUAGGCAGUGAUGAUGAUCGAAAAGCAAACCUAAGCUUGAGUGAAAGUUUCUUCAUGGUAAAGGGGGCAGCUUUGUUUUUACAGCAAGGCAGCAGUCCACAAGGGCCCAGAACACCCACCCAUCACAAAAACGCAGGUGAUCUUCCACAGCACCUACAAGUAAUGAUAAACACCCUUCGCUCUGAAGACAGAAUCACAUUGGCUGUUAGGUUAGAAAGUGGAUGGACAGAUCAUGUGCGGUACAUGGUGGUUGUGUACACAAAUGGGCGUGAGGACACUGAAGAGAACAUACUGCUGGGGAUGGACUUCACAGAUAAUGACAGUAAAAGCUGCUCUAUUGGGAUGACCCUUCCGCUGUGGAGUGAUACCAAGAUCCACUUGGAUGGAGAUGGAGGUUUCAGUGUGAGCACAGCAGGAAGACUGCAUGUCUUUAAGCCUGUGUCAGUCCAGGCAAUGUGGUCUGCCCUCCAGGUAUUGCACAAAGCAUGCGAGGUGUCCCGUAGGUACAACUAUUUCCCAGGGGGAAUGGCCCUCACCUGGGCUGGCUAUUAUGAGAGCUGCAUCUCCUCAGAGCAGAGCUGUAUCAAUGAGUGGAAUGCCAUGACAGAUCUGGAGACCACCAGGCCUGACUCCCCAGUCAUGUUUUCUGAUCAGCCAACUGAGAGAGAGAGAACAGAGUGUAUGAUCAAAGCCAAACUCCGAAACAUAAUGAUGUUUCAGGACCUGGAAAAUAUUACUUCCAAGGAGAUCCGAAAUGAACUGGAACAACACAUGAGCUGCAACCUGAGGGAGUAUAAAGAGUUUAUUGACAAUGAGAUGCUGCUUAUCCUGGGCCAGAUGGACAAGGCUACAUUCAUAUUUGACCAUCUGUACCUGGGCUCAGAAUGGAACGCAUCCAAUUUGGAAGAGCUCCAAGAAUCUGGGGUUGGGUAUAUCCUCAAUGUCACAAGAGAGAUUGACAACUUUUUCCCAGGUACUUUUUGUUAUUAUAACAUCCGUGUUUAUGAUGAUGAGACUACAGAUCUGCUGGCCCACUGGAACGAAACCUACAACUUCAUAGUUAAAGCCAAGAAAAACAACUCUAAAUGCCUAGUCCAUUGCAAGAUGGGAGUGAGCCGCUCAGCAUCCACUGUAAUUGCUUAUGCUAUGAAGGAGUGUGGAUGGUCGCUUGAGAAGGCAUACAAUUUUGUCAAACAGAAGAGAAGUAUAGCACAACCCAAUCCAGCUUUCAUGAAACAACUGGCUGAGUAUGAGGGGAUUUUAGAUGCCAGCAAGCAGCGACACAACAAACUCUGGCAACCAGAUGGUGACGAGUACUCAUUGGAGGGUCUCCAGGCUUCAGCUGCCAGUGGUGACCAGACUCCAUUUUCCUCACUUCCUGAUCAGGAGGAUGCGGCAUGGGGCCAAGGAGGAGCAAGUUCUUCCCUUUGCUGUGGAGAUGAGCCAACAGACCAUCUCAAUUACAACUACUACUUCCGCCGACUUUCAGAUACCGCUCUGGACAGUGAACCAUCAACGCCAGUUCGAGGUCCUCCACUUUUAGGCAUGGAGCGAGUCUUCAUUGAGAUUGAAGAUGUUGAGAGGGAUGCAUUGUUGGAUGAUGAGGGCUUCCCCACAGCUCACUUGGCCCUCCCUGGGGAGGGCACAGCAGCCCAGACCUGCAGCCGGUUGGAGCCUUUGGAGGACUUGCGUUUGCGGCUGGAGUUUAGCACAGUGGUAGAGGAGGAUGAGGAGGAAGCACAAAAGGAAGAAGCAGAGAUGGCAGCCUUAGCUCGUGGCGAGGAGAUGCCGAGAGAUGACGAACGUCUGGCAAACUUGAACCGCUUUAACAACGAGAACGCCAACAACAGCAACAGGCUGGCUGGGAAACGCAGCUGCCCUUCCGGCUUUGACGACAGUGCUAGCAUUGGAAACCCCUUCAAAGUGAAGCCCUCAUAUCAGUCGUGCCGAGACUGCCUGCGCCUGCCCAGUGGCCGCCGCUGUGAACGUCGCAACCAUCGCCUUAACCUGCCACGUCACACUGGCCUGCCCAGAAUCUCCAUCCAGGCCCCUGGGGGAAACCAAUUUAGUACCAUUGCCAUCAAUAAGGUGCCUCCCACUGUCCCUCGCCAUCACAUAUGCAGCGGACACUGCCAGUGCACUCGUUACUCCAGUGCUCCUGAAGUGGUGAGCUUGGAUGCUUACCACAAGCAACUGGCUUUGCCUAAGAGCUGCAAUGAUCUUCCUCAGGAUUUUCAUUAUUCCUUGGAGACUGAGGACAUGGAUGAGAGGCACAAAAUGGAGGGGGAAGAGGAGGGCAGCAAGGAAAGCUCCAGCAGUCCUACUACAGAGCUUACUCUCCUGAGGCUCAGUCUGGGUGGUGAGAGGCCUACUGCGGAGAUCAGCCAGGGGACAUACCUGGAGACACAGAUCUCUCAGUCAGAACAGAUGGACUUGAGUGUAGAGGACACUGCCACAGAGGACAUGGAAGUGGAUGAUGGGACCAUCCCAAUGGACUCUGCUAAAUGCCCCACACUACAGCAAACUUUCACACCAGCCUCCUCACCACAAAGCUCUGCACUGAUGCGAAGCUCCAGCAGCGAAAGUCUGCAGAGCAUACAGGGAGGGCAGCCAGGCAUGGUACGUCAGCGAGCCCUAGAGAUUGAAAGCCGUAUGCGGCUUGCGGGUAUGACCAUGCCCUCCCAACUCAAACGGUCAAAUUCACUGGCUAAGCUCUGUGAUUUGGCCAUCUCCACCGAGGACCUCACACUUGCUGCCACAGUCUCCAUUGACUACAAUGAGCAAGACUCUGCUAUUGGCAUGCAAUCCUCUUGCUCUCCCAAGUUCUCUUUAACUGUGUUGCAAAAUUUAAAAAGCUGACUUCUCAAAGAUUUCAGAACUGCUUUCUCAGUGAAUGGUACAGCUCCAUGACAAACCGACAAAGUCCUACAAUGGAGCCUGUUGCUGCAAUACACCUCAUGAGAACAAUCAAGCCAGAGUUGGACCUCCUUCCAACAGCCCUUAACAUAACUGCACUGCAUUUCUCAUGUUUGUCUGUGCUUUAACUAAGAUGUAUAUUAAAGAAGCAUGCUCUGGCUUGGACCUUCAUUAACGACUUUGUUGAUAACACUUUGCUUUGUCUUGCUAAAGGAAGUGCUACUGAUUAAUGUUUUAAUAUACAUGUGACCCAUCUGUAGGUGGUGUAAUACAGACCUAACAAAACCGUAAAUAUACAGGCUGAGUGCAACGAUUUUCCUACAAUCCUUAAAGAAUUUGUGUAGGACUGAUUGUUCAAAUAUUCUGUUGAUCUCCAUAAUUUAAUUUUACUACUUUAAGAUACUUUAAAGGAAUAUUCUGUGUUCAAUACAAGUUAAGCUCAGUCAACAGUAUUUAUGGCAAAAUGUUGAUUACCACUUUAGACUUGUCCCUCCUUUUCUUUAUAAAAAGCAAAAAUCUGGGUUACAGUGAGGCACUUACAAUGGAAGUGAAUGGGGCCAAUCCGUAAACAUUAAAAUACUCAUUGUUUCAAAAGUAUCAACGAAAACAAUAUGGGUGUUAACAUUAUUUUAGUGUGAUAAAAUGCUUACUAACCUUUUCUGUGUAAUGUUAUAUACAAUUUUUCAAUUUUGUUGCCAUGACACAAAGCCAUAAACCCUGAAAACCUAAAACGACAGUUUAAAAACUGUACAGCUCAAAUAACACACAAGUUUUAACAGAAGAAUUCAUGUAAGUGCUUUUAUAAAAUUAAAAGCUUCACAUUUCUGCCUUUAAACCCUUCAAAAAUUGGCCCCAGUUUAAUAAAAAAAAAGAUCAUGAACAAAAUCUUAACCCAAAGCUUAUGCCUUACAAAAAAGAAAUUGAUAAAUAUUUUGCAAUUAACAUUAACAUAAAUAUUUUAGUGGCAACGUUGUUUACGGCAAACAAUUGUUGUCUUCAACAGCAAUAUAGUUCCACAAAUGUUUUUGAAGAACUCUGUCAACUACAAAGUAAUUUAAGACUAAAAAUCUGUCUAAAAUUGAUUAACAUGUCUAUUGAAGUCACUGUGUUACUCCACCCUGAUAUUUACUUGAAUCAUUAAUUGUUGUCUUUUAAGAUCAACAUAUUCCAUUUGCAGAAAUUACAAUAUCAACAAAGCCACAUAAUUAGUCUUUUAUCCAGAGAAAACAGAAACAUAAUUUGUAUUAGAACUUCUCACCUGGUGUUUUUCACAUCAGGUGGAUCUGAAAUGUACUACUAGAGUACAGCUCUAAUGUAAUUUAGCUUAUGCUGUUUAUUGUACAAAUUGUAGCCUGUGAUGUGCAAAAAGGCUUUAUCAGCAACACAUUUGUAUAAUACAGUCUUCAAGUUGAUAGUAUGAUAAUGUGGGGCCUAGAGACUUUCUUGAGCUUGUCAAUUAACUACCAUUAGGUGCAUGAAACGUGUACCAGAACAUAUAAAGUUGGAUCAGUGCUCUGAGGUAACUAGUAACAAUUAUAUAAGUAUUGGUUAAACUCGAACUUAAUUUCAAAUGUGUUUAUAUAUACACCGAUCAGCCACAACAUUAAAAC